GAGGUGAUUUAAUUUCAACUUGAAUUCGAUUUCAGUACGUUCAUAUUGUGAAAUAAAGUUAUAGGAUGAACUUUGUGCUUGGCUUAGGUGUUUGGAUGAGUGUUUUAGUGGCCGGAUUUGCUACCGUAAACGUGCAAAUAUUGAAAUCGAUAAGUGAAGAAAAAUGCGAACAUUAUUAUUCAUCCGGAAACAAGGAAAAUGACAAACCUGAUGGAUCUCGGUUCCCUUACAUGGCAGCCGUCGGCUGGAGUAAUGAAAACGGGACUAUUAGUUAUCGAUGCGGUGGAAUUUUGAUUGACCCCAAGUAUGUUAUUGGCCUUGCCCACUGCAUUUUAAGGAAGCAGCCCUCGCAUAUUUUGUUAGGUAGUCAAGAACUACCCUUAUCAGCGACAUUGGAUAAUGGAAUUCCAAUAAAAAACAUUAGCGUACAUCCUGGAUAUGAAAAGGGUGGUGUCUAUCAUGACAUUCUAAUUUAUGAAUUGGAAAACGAAGUCCGAAAUCGCCCAGCAUGCCUUUGGAAUAGGGAUUCUAUACCUGAUUCUGAAAUAUUUUCGCUAUUAUACAGCGUGGAUGAGAAAAAUGCUAAAUUAUUACGAAUACAAAACCAACUUUAUCCUAAUGAUCAAUGUUUAGACUUUUACGGGAAAUAUGCUCGUCUUUCGAUGGGUAUAAUGGAAUCUCAACUUUGUGCGGCAGAACUAAAUCAUACUAGUUGCCAAUUACCAUCAGUUAGAGGACCUUUAAUAAUGCAGGAACAGCAGCCUGGCAGCCUCAUCCCGUACGUCAUAGGCACAGCAUCAUUUGGUAUGCCUUGUGGAAGGGAUUCAAUGCCAACGGUAUACACCAAAAUAUCUGCGUAUACAAAUUGGAUUGAAUCGAAUAUUUGGGCUUAAGAUAAAGAAUGCUCUGAAAAAUAAACAUAUUGUUGUUAACAAAUAAAAUUUAAGCAGAUGAUACUUUACGAAUA